AUGGCUACCACUUCCAUGGAUUACGAGGCCGCCAACGGCGACCGCUACGAUGACGAGGCUCCUCGCUACGAGCGCGACAACCGCAGCGCCUCUCCUCGCCCUCUUCGUGACGAUGGCGACUCUGGACGCCGUCGCUCUGCUUCUCCUGCCGGUAACGGCGACCGUGGUAACAAGGACGAGACUGGCUCCAAGGGUGGCGACGACGAUGGUGCCAUCAACCCCGGCUCCAACCUCUUCGUCACCGGCAUUCACCCUCGCUUGACCGAGUCUGAGGUCACUCGUCUCUUCGAGAAGUACGGCGAGGUUGAGAAGUGUCAGAUCAUGCGCGACCCCCAUACUAAGGAGUCUCGUGGUUUCGGCUUCGUCAAGAUGGUUACCUCCGAUCAGGCUGAUGCCGCCAAGGAGGGUCUGCAGGGAGAACAGAUUGAGGGACGUACUCUCAGCAUUGAGAAGGCUCGUCGCGCUCGUCCCCGCACUCCCACUCCCGGCAAGUACUUCGGUCCUCCCAAGCGUGAGGGCGGCGGCGGCGGCGGCGGCGGCGGUCGUGGUGGUGGCCGUUUCAACGACCGCUACGAUGACAGACGCCGUGGUGGUUACGGUGGUGGAUACGGCGGCGGCGGCGGCGGCGGCUACGGCCGCGACGACCCUUACCGCUACCGUGGUUACGACAGACGUGGCUACGACGACCGUGGUGGCUAUGAACGUGGUUACCGUGAGGAUCGUGGCUACGACCGCAGCUACCGCGAAGACCGCGGUGGGUACGAGAGACGCGACCGCGGUGGUGGUGGUGGUGGUGGUGGCGGCAGCGGCGGCGCUGCUGGUGGUGAUGACAGCUACAGCGGUGGUCGUGUUGACCGCUACGGCGGCGGCGGACGCGAGGAGCGUGGUGACCGCUACGCGCGUGGCGGCCCCGACGACCGUCGCGGCGGCGCUGGCUACGAUCGUGAGCGUGGCUACGACAGACCUGCUGAGCGUGACGGUGCCCGUUCUCGCGAUGCUCCUGCCGCUGGCGCUGGCUAUGGCGAUGCGGCUCCUCGCUCUGAGGCCCGCGAGCCCUACGGAGGUUGGAAUCUCUAA